AUGAACGUAAGUAUAUAUAGUGAUUAAUAUUCGGUGAAUUACACUGCAACAAAAAUAAAUAUUAUCUUAUUUUAUUUCAUUGUAUUCUCAUUUUCUACGAAGAAACUGACAAUUAUUUACAAAUAACAUUUCUUACAAGUUAAUUAUUUCAUAAUAUAUUUGUCUCAUACGAGUUAGUUGCAACGACUCGUUAGAAGUUAUUUAUGAAUCUCUAAGAAAUUAAGAGAUCUUUACAUCUUGGAAUGUGUUUUCGUAUUUCGCGAAUUUUUCAUUUAGAAGAAGAAGAAGUUUCCCUUGGGAAAUUAAUUUUGACAGAAUUAAAGAAAUCGAUUACAUAGCAUAUCACUUAUCACUUCUAUAAAGGAUAAUUAAAAAGCAAAGCUGUAAAAUUUGAUAAAUUUACGCACGUGCGUGUAUAAUACUUAAUAAUAAAGUAAAAAUAAAAAAAAAGAAUUUAUUAUGCGCAUACAUUGAUUAUCGAGUGUGAACUGAAUUGAUAAAUUCAUGAAUGUAUUAUCAACGAGUAACAAUUCAUUGUACAAUAAUUAUUGGAAACGUGGGAAAUUAUCCGUCUGAAAAUUUCCUCCCUCGAAUCUUAAAUAUCAGAGGGGAUCAGUAGAAUAUUUGAAUUUUCUGUUUUUUUUUUUUUUUUUUUUUUCGAAAUUUGAUAGAAAUUCGGUAAGAUGUGAAAUCUCUCGUCUGUACACGUAAUAACUGUGCACAUUCGGGAAUUGAACUCGUUCUAGUUGGCCAACAUAAACUCAUAAAUCAUAGUAAUCCCAUUAUGACAGUGCGUAUGCAUAACCUCGUCAACGUGAAUAAUAACGGCGAACGAAAAUUUCCAGCUUUAUUAUCUAUCAAUUUUUCAUGCAGCUCGAAGUUAUUCUGACAGAUUUGAGGGCGAAAUUCCCCUGCUUGAAAUACGUUCUACGACCGCAGUACGCGCCAUAUUUGAACACAGCUGGCACAGUGUUGCUAGGCUGGCUGAUAGUGUCCUGGAUUUCUUACAUAAUCUGGGUGUUCCUGGCUCCCCUGUCGGUCACUGUCGUCGCCAUAAUCCUAAUUUGCCCGACGACCGCGAAAUGGUGCGUCAAACAAACGGUGCCCGGUUUGGAGGCCGCGUUGAACAAUUUUUUGGAGAAGUUGCACACCAUUUUCUCCUAG